GCCUCUCUCUCCUCACACUUUUCCCUCAGCCACUCAAGAUGGCGGCAGCCCCAUCCAUCCAGCCGCCGAUCGUCCACUCUUCUCUAGCCGGGGAGAGCGCACAUCCUCCGGAGAUGGACAGCCCCGAGGGCCAGCAGCCGGCGGAGGCGGCGGCGGCACCGCAGCCCUCCGACUGGCAGAUUACCCUCCGUGACCUGCCGGACCUGGAGCCGGAGGAGAUCGAGAAGAGGCUUGCCAAAACUCGCCAGGAGCUGAGCAACAGGAGGAAAAUCCUCAUGAAGAACAUGCCGCCUGACACCACUAACCAGGAAGUCCAUGAGAUUCUGAAGGAAUAUGAACUGAAAUACUGCUUUAUGGACCGCAACAAAGGCACAGCUUUUGUGACUUUGCUGAACGGGGACCAGGCUCAGGAUGCCAUCCGCUCCCUCCAUCACAGCACUGUCCGGGGUCGCUUGAUCAACGUCACGCUGCAGCCCACCGACUCCCUGCUCUGCCUCACCAACCUGCCCCACACCUUCACUGCCCAGCAGCUCGAGGAGCUGGUACGCGCCUACGGGAAUAUCGAGCGCUCCUUCCUGGUGUACAGCGAGCUGACGGGCCACUCCAAAGGAUAUGGGUUUGUUGAAUACAUGAAGAAGGAUUCUGCCUCACGGGCCCGUUCUGAGCUACUGGGCCGGCCCCUGGACGGUCGCUCGUUGAUGGUGCAGUGGAUGGACGUCAACCAGCUGAGCCAAGAGGAGAACCUGCACUCCAAGUGUCUGUGCAUAAACCGGCUGCCGCUAAACCUCUGUGACUCUGAAGAACUGACCCAGCUCUUCUCAGAAACCUACAAACCUAUCUUCUGCCAGCUUGCUCAGGAUGAGGGCAGCCCAGUUCGAGGUUUCGGUGUGGUGGAGUACGAAUGCGCGGAGCAGGCGGAGGCUGUGCUGGUAGAGAUGGACCGAACACUGGUGGGAGGACAGGAGGUCCGUCUGUCAAUCUGUACCCCCGGCACCUCAGGGAGAAGCACCCUGGCUGCACUCAUCGCCGCCCAGGGUAUGAACAAGAGUUAUCAGAUUCUGAGUAAUAGGAAAGGUCUGCUACCAGAACCCAACUUAGCACAGCUGUUGACCAGUAUGACCAACCCUGCUGCCCUGCAGAUCCUUAUGAGGCCGUACCACAGUGGUAAAAGAGGAGGGAAGUACGGGCGUCACACCAGCCUGCCGUUCCUCAGACCUCCUCUCACCACCGCUCUGCUCACACUGGGAAAAGCACACCAGAAUGCUAUGCUGGGUAAUGGACUAGUCCUCCAGAACCUCCUGCAUAUGCAGCUCGCACAGCAACAGCUUCUUCACAUCAAAGACAAACGCAUCAGCAGCGUCUCCAGUCUGCUCGGGGACCCGUCCAGGCUGCUGAUGCAGAAAGCUUUGUCUCUGCGGCAUCCGGGCCUUGUGCAGCUGGGGAAAGGCCUCCUGGGAGACUCGCCUACAGAGUUGGGACAGGAGUCUGUGCCGUUGUCCACCCGCAAUGCCACAGUAGUGGUAUCGGCAGCAGGUGUGAUGCCAUACCUCAAGGGUCGAGGUGGAGCGGGAGAACAAAACAGCACCCAUUCUUUCUCCACAAACCCUUCUGCUUCCUCCUCCGCCUCCUUUGACAGGCAGCCAGCUCCUCCUGGGACCAUGAUGAGCUCCCAUCCACAGGGACAGAGCUACUCCUUGGGUAUAAGUAACUCAGGCCACGGGCCGCCUCCACCUAAACCCCCUGGAGGAGUUUAUACGUCAGUAGGCCAGCACAACAGCCUCGAUGGCUGCCCCCUGGCUAGCAUGAUAAGCGGUGGGCAGGGCUCUCUGUUGGGCGAUCCUCCUAAAGAGGUCAGACUGCCCUCCAAUCCUUAUCUGAACCUGGCCAGUGUGAUGCCGGGGGUGGUUCUGCAAGGGUCAGUGGGGAGUAAAGUCCAGGGAGGACAGCCUGGGAUGUACGGCAGCUCGGUAGCUCCCGUCAUUUCCCAGGGCUCCGGCUGCUUUUCCCACAGCGCGGCAGCUACAACCACAGCCCAAUACGGCGCCGAUACCGCCACUGACUACAGCCAAUACAACCAGGCCUACACACAGGAGGCCAUGCAGCAGUGGUACCAGCACUAUCAAGCACAAGCUCACGCCUACGGCACCGCUGCUCCACAGGACAACACGGCCACAGACUACAGCAAGGAGCACACACAGGCUCCUCCAGUAUCGACCUACGGGGAUUACAGUUCCUACAUGCAGGCGGUCACUCAGUACUACUCCCAGCCUGCAACAGCAAACCAGGCCUACGCCAGCAAGGAGGUAGACGUGUGUAAGCCUCUAGGAGUCUCUCUGCACGCAGUCAGUAACGGCACCGCCCCUCCACCGGCCGUCCUGCCAGCUGCUGCCGUGCUCCCAGCCUACAGCACCCUGCCUUUAAUGCCCGGUUUCCUCGGGGCGCCACACCCGGCGGCGGCACCGCCCGGCCCUGUCGCACACACACACACUGCCGCCACUGACUGGAACACCUACUACUAUAACCAGACGAGGGGCCAUAAGAGGGAGUACCCUCAGCUGGCGGUGCAGGAAGUGACAUCAUCAGAUGGCGCCUACAUUGGGCAGCACUCCCAGGGCCUGGGAGGGCAGUACGCUGACUACUUUAAGAGAAAGAGGCUCUAGUAUGAACCAAACCACCUUAAAGCCUGAAGCUUAUGGAGGGAGGCACACACAGCGUCCGCUGGAUGUCACAGCUCCCUCUAGUGGCCUUUCUGUGGCUGCCAUUUUGCAUCCCUACAGUAGGUAUUGAGUUUAAUAGAAGUUGGGGUUGCAUAUGGCUCAAAUGAAAGCAAGCCAUAGUGCUCUUUGAUCCUGGCACUUAUUUACACACACACACACAUAGACACAUAAACACAAACACAGUGUUGCUUUUGUUCAAGCCUUAACUCUUUAACUUAAACUGUUGUUUCUCAGUCAAUGUUUCAACCGUAAUCAAGUAAUAUUAUCUUAUACAUUUUUUCUAAUAUAAUGUAAACUAAAUAAUACUGUAUCUGUACGUAUAAGCUGCUUUUGUAUCUGCAGCCAGGUGACCUGUCUUUCUGCCUGCUGAAGCUGUCGUUGGACUGGUCUUACAGUCAGGUGUCUUACUCUCUGUCUCCUUUUAAGCUCACUCUUUGAUUAGUCAGUCGAACUGACAUCUGUUUGUUCCCGCUUCAGUGUCUUUUCUCUUUUUCUGGUAUCGCCCAGGUUUCUUUUAUAGUGAAGUAGUGUGUGUGUGUGUUUGUAUGUAUGUAUGUAUGUAUGUAUGUGUGUGUGUGUUUAUGCGUGCUGAUAUGUUGUCUCUGUAGGAAGUGUCAGCCAUUUCAAUCCCAAGGUUUGGGAGCACAUCAGGUACAAAAAGGGCCUGAACCAAUCAAAGCCCUUAAUUGUGGUAACGUUACAAUAGCUUCCCUCAAUGAAUGGACCCUUCUUUAUAAAGACUGGAUAGGAAAUACAAGGCUGGUGUAAAUACAGUGUGUAAUACAGAAUAUAUAAAGCCAUGCGUAACAGACAAUAUCACAUUUAAUGGACCUUCCCCAGCUCUAAUAUCAGUGUAUUGUACGACAUGAAAACAUUUAUUGUGUGUCAGAUUUUGUAUCUGUUAUUCUAUACCGUUAUAUAUUUGUAAUAUAAUAAUAUUCCAAGGCAAUUUAUUAAUAUUGAAUCAAAUUGUGUUGACUUAAAUGUAGUUAGGUGGUGUGGUUGUUAACGUUUAAGCCAAAUAUUAGGGCACAGUCCAUUCUCUUCUCUACGCUCUUCUAUCUGUUGUAACAGCUUUCCUUCCAUUUCCAGCUACCAUUAAAACAGAGAUUUCAGACCGCAAGUUUGUCCCAAAUUCAUACCACAUACUGACUCAAAGUAGGUUUUGAGUUUGUAGUUUGCACUUCAAAAGUGACAAAAGAAAAUACACUCCAACUACUCACAAAAAAAACGCCUGAAAUGGAGUCUUCCACAGCUGGAAACAACUGUAAUUAAUGGUGAAUGGUGGUGAAUUGGCAUCAGAAACAUACAAAAAACAUUACAUUUGAGGACAAACAUUUAGCUUUCUCUUUGUGAAGCGGAAUUGAUUGGAUUUGCGUGGCGUACAUAAUGCACCAUUUUCUGUUACUAUAAAAAAAGUAACACUACUGUAUUAAGAUUAGUAUAUACUGUAUACAGUUGGUAUGUAGUAUGAGAUUGUGACACGGUCUUUAUCAUUUCAAGGAUUGUACGAUCCUCAAAAUCCAAACAUUUUUGCUCAUCACUUGCUACUGUAAAAAGCCACUGUGCAGGUUUGUUUUAUUUUUUGGGGCGUUGGUAGAAGUGCUGCACCUUGAUUUUAAGUUUUUAGAGAAAAUCUUUGCAGAGCUGAUUUCUUUCCAACUAUUUUUACAAAUGAUUUUAUGUUCUUUGUGUUUGUUUUAUUAGAGCAAAGGCUGUGAACUCAAUUACACCUAUUUUCUAGAGGGUUGGCUUCGUAUUUUCAUACAACAGGACAUUGGUUUUUAUUCAUGUGCACAAACCGGCAAUAACGAAGGCUCCUACUACUGUAGAAAAUUGAAUGUAAAAUGUUUAUUUUCUUGUGUAAUAUAUUCACGCAGGAUUUUUUGUGUGUAUAUAUAUA